CCAAGCCCGUUUUUAUUGUUAUGUAGAACCUGGCACAGCAGUGCUUGGGUCCAUGGUGAUGUUGCUAGGCUGCCAUAACGAUGCGGUAACACUUUGUUUUGUUUUCCAGCAGGUCAUGGCAGUUCGUCCAGAUCUUCGCCAGCACUAUGUGCGGGCCUGUCAAAACGUGGGCCAGCCUGAAAACCCCUUUAUUGCUCACGUACUUCAAGAAGCCGAUAACAAUGAUAAAAUCAGAGGGACAAAAGGGAUCACAUUAAAAAUAGCUGGAAAUAAUCAUCUAGUGCCUGUGCAGAGAGUUACAGAUGAUGAUCUUCAAGUUCUUGCUUCUGUCUUACGCAGUACUGUAUUUGUCACAGGUUUGGAUCUUAGGUAUAAUGUAUUGACUGAUGCUGGAGCAAAGAACAUGGCAACAUUCCUCCAGGAAAACUGCACUCUGCGGUACCUUAACCUGAUGUUUAAUGACAUUGGCACAAGCGGAGCAGAGCUGAUAGCGAGAGCACUCCAUAGGAAUGAAACUCUUGUGUAUUUGAGAAUGACUGGAAACAAAAUAGGAAACAAAGGUGGGAUGUUCUUUGCUUCAAUGCUACAAAUUAAUUCAACCUUAGAGAAGCUGGAUCUUGGAGACACUGAUAUGGGUACGCAGUGUCUAAUAGCAAUAGCAACAGCCCUGACUCAGAACAAAUCAGUCAAAGCAAUAAACCUAAAUCGUCCUUUACUAUACAGCCAAGAGGAAGAGACCACAGUUCAUGUAGCUCUGAUGUUGAAAAAUAACUCUUCUCUUGUGGAACUACACUUGGGCAAGCACGAAAUGAAAAACUUUGGCGUAGAGCGACUGUGUGGCGCAUUGUAUGAAAACUCCAGCCUGAGAUACCUUGAUCUUAGCUGUAAUAAAAUAACCUGUGAUGGUGUAAAAUUUCUGGGAGAACUACUAAAAUGGAACCAAACCCUGGAAAUCCUAGAUCUCAAUGCAAACCGAAUAGAAGAUGAUGGAGCGUUCUACCUGAGUGAAGCCUUGACCUUGUACAACAGGACUCUUCAGGCGUUGUCAGUAGUAAGCAACAAUAUAAGUGGCAAAGGACUUGUAGCUCUUUCAGAUGCAAUGAAAACAAACAUGGAACUUUCCUAUAUUUAUAUCUGGGGGAACAAAUUUGAUGAAGUCACCUGUAUGGCAUUUUCAGAAUUAAUUCAGACGGGCCGCCUGAAGCCUAAUUGUACAGACGUGGAACCAUAUGAAGUGGAUGGGCACGUUCACCUUGCAGAGCUCUCCCAUGGCCUUCAGAAGCAUUACUACUGGACACCGAGCUGUGGGGAGGUGACAAACAAAGAUGCUAAUGCCAGGCUGGCUAUUGCCGCGGUUUCAGAAUACUUGUGAGUGAGGUAGCAGCUUUCUGCACUCCAUAUGCUUGAGCUUUUCCUACCUGGUUUCUAGUAAAAUAGAUUAUAUCAGGAUCAGACUUGCUGCAUGCUGUUUCUUCAGGGUCUUUAGUCUGGAAGGAAUCUAAAACUGCCUGAAAUGGCAUUAGAGAUAAAAUAUUGAACCAAUGACCUUAAAAUUUGUUGUUAAAUAAUGCCCAAACGAUUAAGAGCCUAAUAAUAUGAAAAUGCAUUAAUUUUGCUGCAGUCAUUUCUAUUGCACGCUAUCUCCUUUGCCUUACCAUGAUGAGCUGUAGUUCCAGGGUUCCUAGGUGAUAGAUAAAUUUAGUGAAAUGACAUGCUCAGAGGAAAACAUUUUCACCACAGCAUAGUGCACUGACACUAGGUAUUCUUUGCAGUAACGGGGAGUAAAACAGUCACUGACCAGAGGCAUGCAAAGACUUCAGAGUGCAGCAGUGCAGAUGCAUGAACUGAACUCCUAACAGCUGAACUACUCCGCUCUAUUUAGGAGACCUUCUCAAAUCAGGAUUUUUAUCAAGUGCUUCUUAUUUAAAAAAGAUGCUGGGGCUGGAUCAGAGCAGCACCAGGGCCUAUGGAUGGAGUACCAUGACCACAGGGUCCUCCUCCACAGGGCUGCUGCAGAGGAAGAGCUGCUGUUGCCCUUCCUGGGCUGUUGUGGUCUCUGCACUCAGGUUUCCACGUAGCAGGGAGAGCCCACAGGUAAUUGUAUUGCAUCUGUGCAGGCUGGAGUACAGCCAGCCAGAUCAAACUGACAAAAACCUACACCCAGUACUGCCGCUGGGCAGCAGCUUUGCUUGAGAGCAAAUCAGAUAUGCUGUAGAACAAGAUUCCUGCUGAAGCUGAGAGGUUUGGGUAAAUCCAUUUGUUGCUGCUGUGCUCUACAUACUCUCUCCUUUUACUUAGUAACUGCAUGCUUUUGACCUUUUUCCAAGAGUGACUUUUUUUUGAACCAAGAUAAGUGACCUUAAGCAUUAAGCCACUAUAAUGCUGGAACUUUAAAGCUAGUGAACCUAGUUUACUGGGAUAUAAAUGGUAUUUUGAUUAACUUGCCACAGGUAUAUAUUUCGUGUAGUACAAAUGAAAACCACCACCAAACUUGGUGUCAU